CUCCCAAUUGGCCUGGAGAACAAACUCAUGUCUUGACAGCAAAGUAGCCGCCACCUCCAUUCUUCCUUCCUUCAGACCAUGUUGCGUACAAAGCAGCUCGGUGUUCUCUCCCAAUCGGCUCGGUCGUUUUUCCUCAAUGGGUCAAGAUGUAGUGCAGAUGGGAGUUCCUGCACUUGUUCGGAAGAUGAAACUUGCACUUCCAAGAGGCAAACGACGACAACAAAUGGAGUUCGACAUCCACAAACAACAUCCAUCUUGGUGCCCAAAACUUCCACAAGCAUACUGAAUGCAAAUAAAACCGAGCCCAAGAUAGUUGACCUUCAGGUUUCUCACCCAACAAAGUCAAACUCAUUGGGAAAAACUGAGUGUGUAAGUUAUGCUGAUGAUAGCGACACACUGCAGCCGUCUGGUCUUACUAGCGGUCAUUUUGUCAGGGCUGGUAUUGCAGCGGUCAACUUCUUAAACGAUGUGGUCAACUACAAGAUUCCCAUGACUGAAGGGAGCGCAAUGGUUGACUCCACUCAGAACUACAUGGUUCAGCAGGCUCGACCCCGCCUUAGAAACACCGGUUCGUCGAACAUGAAAACCUACAAAAAGGUCGAACCAGAGACAACAACUUCAAGCACCACCACCAACUCGUCAAAUGCUAAAGCGUACAAAAAGGUCGAACCACCAGCUACAACAACAAGACCAAGUGCUAAAACCACCGGAAAUGUAAAUAAAGGUAAAGCGGAAAAGUACGUUUAUGGUAAAGGUUUCAACAAUGUUCAAGAUCACAAUGUAUCAAGAAAAUCAAAAGAUUGUGUAAAUCAGUUCAUGGUUCGUCCACGAGCUCCUGAAUUUCGUGCAGCUGAAAUGCUGUCAGUAAAGGCAGUUCCUCCGGCGGGCAGGCAGUUUUCCAGCUCAGCGCAUAUGGUGGAGAGCGUUUUUCAGAUAUUACGACAACGGAAGUGGGGCCCAGCAGCCGAAGAGGCGCUAUGGAGUCUAAACUGUUCGUUAGAUGCAUAUCAAGCGAAUCAAGUUCUUAAACAGCUUCAAGAUUCUUCGGUUGCCCUUAGCUUUUUCUAUUGGCUAAAACGGCAGCCGGGGUUCAAACAUGAUGGUCAUACAUACACAACCAUGGUUGGCAUCUUGGGUCGAGCCAAGCAGUUUGGGGAGAUCAACAAGCUGCUUGAUCAGAUGGUUCGAGAUGGGUACCCUCCAAACGUUGUGACGUACAACCGGCUGAUUCAUAGCUAUGGACGUGCAAAUUUUCUGAACAAAUCUCUUGAAGUUUUUGACCAGAUGCAACGAGAAGGCAUCGAACCAGACCGAGUCACGUACUGCACCCUGAUCGACAUCCAUGCAAAAGCUGGCUAUCUUGAUGUAGCCAUGGGAAUGUACCAGAGGAUGCAAGAAGCUGGGCUUUCGCCAGAUACGUUCACGUUCAGCGUCAUCAUCAAUUGCCUUGGAAAGGCGGGUCACUUGGAUGCGGCUCUGAAACUAUUUUGCGAGAUGGUUAGCCAGGGGUGUGUGCCGAACUUAGUGACGUAUAACAUCAUGAUCGCUUUACAAACCAAAGCAAGAAACUACCCGACUGCAUUAAAGCUGUAUCGUGAUAUGCAAAAUGCUGGUUUUGAGCCCGAUAAAGUGACUUACAGCAUCGUUAUGGAGGUUCUUGGCCACUGCGGGUAUCUUGAAGAAGCCGAGGCUGUUUUUGAAGAGAUGACGCGAAAGAACUGGAUCCCGGAUGAACCUGUUUACGGGCUUCUCGUGGAUUUAUGGGGGAAGUCGGGAAAUGUCGAAAAGGCGUGGGCUUGGUAUCGAGCCAUGUUAAACGCGGGUUUGCUUCCUAACGUGCCCACUUGUAACUCUCUGUUGAGUGCUUUUCUUCGGGUUCACCGGCUUUCGGAUGCUUAUAAUCUGGUCCAGAGCAUGCACAGUUUAGGACUGAACCCUUCUUUACAGACUUACACGUUGUUGCUUAGUUGCUGUACCGAGGCCCAGUCUUCGUUCGAUAUGAUGUUUUGUUGCGAGCUGAUGGGCGUCACAGGCCACCCGGCACAUGCUUUUUUACGGUCGAUGCCGGCUGCGGGACCUGAUGGGCAAAACGUUCGGGAUCACGUAAGUGAAUUCUUGGAUCUUAUGCACAGCGAGGACAGGGAGAGCAAGCGAGGGCUGGUGGACGCAGUGGUGGAUUUCUUGCACAAAUCAGGGCUGAAAGAAGAGGCGGGGUCGGUGUGGGAGGUGGCGGCAGAGAAAAACGUGUACCCGGAUGCGGUUCGGAAGAAAAGCUCGUGUUAUUGGCUUAUAAAUCUUCACGUGAUGUCGGAGGGGACGGCAGUGACGGCGUUAUCGAGGACAUUGGCGUGGUUUCGGAGGGAGAUGCUGUCUUCAGGAGUGUGUCCGAGCCGGAUUGACAUAGUGACAGGAUGGGGGCGGAGGAGUCGGGUGACAGGGAGCUCGUUAGUUAGGCAAUCGGUGCAGGAGCUGCUGAACAUUUUCGGCUUUCCAUUUUUUACAGAGAAUGGGAAUACCGGGUGUUUCGUGGGGUGUGGUGAGCCGCUUAGCCGGUGGUUGGUUCAAUCGUAUGUGGAACGGAUGCAUUUAUUGUAGUAGCGUUAGUAACAAUUUUGCGGAUGGCCAUCGCCAUUAGCUUAGCUUCUGGUUUUGGUGAAGAAGAUGGGCUCCGAUGAAGCCUUUUUUGCAGAUGCUGGAGAAUUGUAAUUUGUCAUGUAAG